AUGUCGUAUUCUACCGAGGCGCGCUUCGAUGCCGUCAAUGUACAAGGCCCUGGCGUAAUUGACGAUGAAAUCAGUGAGCCGAUUGAGAUCGAGAAUUCCGUUCACGUCGAGAUUCUUACUAAGAAAGAAGAACUUACCGAACGCGUAGUUGCCGCCGAGAACGAAGAACCCAUCGAAAAAAAGGAAGUAGUUGCCAUUAAGCCCGGGGAGCCUAAAGAGAAGGUCCGAAUCGAUCCAAUUACGCAAAUAUUUACUGAGAUUGUAGUAUGGACUAUGUACAAUGAGAUGGCCGUCGGCGAUCUUGCUCGGUGUAAUCUCAAGGGAUACGACGCGCUAGGCUCUGCGUCACAAACUCUGCAAUUGCGAGUUGGUGAACCAAGCGUUCUCUCAAGCCUCGUGUUCCUCCAAAAUGUCGAUACCUCGAAGAACCCAGGUAGUCCUGGUUUUACACUUCGUACAUCCAUUCCGAUGACGGCAAUCAAAGGAUACAACUUCAGAGUUGCAGACAAGAAAAAUAUGUCUGACGCCAUGGCCAAGGCUUUACCAAAUGACUGGCACUACAAAGGCUACGGCGUCGUCUCAUUCGAGGCUGAAUACGUUCAUCUGAGCGCGUUCGCAGACGAAAUUCCUGUAACUCUGGUUCCCAAUGCUGCAGAAGAGCUCAAGAAUUAUGUGAGACGCGUUCAAUCUGCUACCAACACACCUCUUCAUUACUUCGAGUUCAUUGUCAGAUCCAAGUAUGUUAGGGACAUGCACUUUCUGAAGCGUGUGCAUGCUGCGUGGGAGAGAGACAACGAGUCAAAUCCGUACCACAAAUGGAUCAGAAACAGUCCUCACCAUCAUCAGUUGGGACUUGGAAAUCUGUUUGCUCCUGGUGACCGACCACCUUUCACAAAAGCCGGCUUGGUUUUGUCACAAGAUGAUUUCUGGCAGUCAAAGCUUCAAUACCAAGUGCAUUUGACUUAUGCUCAAACCAUUGAGAAUGCUUUCGAAGUCGCAACUGUGGCUGCUUGGCAGAAUGCAAUCCUCAAUGCAUCUAUCACCGACGUACCCGGCUCUUGCAAUCUCAAAGACAACGAGAAUGAUAAUGACUUGCCGAAGUUGUACUCAUUGACCAUGACAAUUCAAAACAUGGAGGUCGAUAUGCCGAGCAUUGGUGAAUUAUAUAAUAUCACACUUUUAGACUUCAAGCCACCACCAUGUCCUGAUGCCGACGUUGAAGUUGAUGACGAAUCUGGUGAUGAGGACAUCGAUUCGGAAGACGAUUGUGGCGACUACUCUAAGCCUAGGAAAUCCAACAAGGAAAAUCAUGCUGAGAACAAAGAGAAUCGUGAAGAAAUGGCAGAAGAGCAAGCAAGAGUAUGGCGUGGACAAGUUGUCUCAGUUUUCGAUGGGUUGGUUGAGAUUAUCAUCACCAGACCUUCCGAUCCUAGAUGGAAGGGAUCAAAGAGCUUGAAGCCACGAGUCAAUACCGUAAUUCCAACACACAGUCAUCGCUUCGGAUAUGCAUCUCGUUACAAGGAAGAACUCGAAUCUGCAGCCAAGCAUCGAGUAAAGAUGGUACCUCAGCUAUCGUCCAGGGUUUACAAGGACUUAAUCAACGGCAUUCAAGCAUUCUGUACUGUUGAGCACACACCUGAACUUAUCUCCAGCGAAGUUCAUGCACAUUUGUGUGAAGUGUUAGUAACUAGACGACGCAGAACUCCUUUUCAUGGGAAGAAGUUGAAACGAGACAUCUUUGGACCGAAUUACAAAGACUUUCUUACCCACAUGAGUAGUGCUCAAAAAGCCGCUUUUGAUAAGCUUGAGAUCGUGGAUGGAUUGGUCGUUAUCAACGGAUUUAUUGCAUCUGGUAAAACUAUGUCUGCAGUAUGUGUUUCGGUUUGCGCCGUCAAUAACACUAGCUCCCAACGAAAGCAAUGUGUAUUGGCAAUCUCUGAGACAAACAGCGCAGUCGAUUCAUUGGCUCAAGAGUUUUAUCAAUUUAUUUCAAAUCCCAAAGAACCAAGUGAAGGUCGACAACAUUUAAUUAUUCGUUUGCUUCCCCUAGAAGGAGAAAUGAAUACUGUCAAGACACGCUUGAUACCCAAGCAAAAUAAUAUCAACUUCUUGGCAGACGACGCACUGUUUGCUGGAUUUCUUGGUGAAGUCGAAGCAAAUCUUUACGGAUAUGGUCAAACAGUUGAAGCUGCUCGCAUUCAAGGGGAUAAGCGAAAGACAGCGAAGAUAAAGACGUUGAAUUUGACCCUUGAACAAGCCAUGUGGAGAGAGCUCAUCAACAGCGUGAAUGACGGAGAUACAGACUCCAACAAACUUCUGUUACUCUUACGUCGAAUUCAUCAAUCAAAGCUUGAGUUCAAGGAGAAGGCUACCCUGAAAGAUCUGCUUCAACGCUUGUGUUUAUUGACUAUCAGCAAGGCUGAUGUUAUUGUCUGCACUAUCGCAAUGGCUAUCAGACCCGAUAUUGCCAAAAUUCUGGGAAAGCAAGUAACACAUAUCUUGAUGGGUGACGGUGGGAAGACUGGAUCCAGUUACCUCAUUGCAAUCGUAGCAAAAUAUCCGAAACUUGACUUUUUGAUAGUCGAGGGCGACAAAUGUCAACAGACACCAUAUACCAGAACCCACUUGAAUCCUGAAUUCCCCAACCCAUUCUCCCGCGUCCUCAAAGAAUCCGCCUUGGGAAUUGCCAUGCAACUAACUUCACAUGAUGCUUGCUUAGUCCAUCAGAGACGUAUGUGGACCCAAGAUAUUUGUGUCUUCUUAUCUGGGCACUAUUAUGCAGGAAAGCUCAGAGAUGGCAAUGAGAAGAAGAAGAAGCCUGUUGAGUUUAUGCUUUGCCAUGAAUUCAUAAAUGACACUCUGAAGGUCCAAACCAACGGUAAUUUUGUCAUGUUUCACAUGGAGAGUCGAGAUACUAUUCAGAAAGUCGGUACUUCACCCACAAAUCAACACCACCAAAUGACCGCUCUUGAUAUCAUCAAAAAGUUGAUUGUUGCUGUUGAUGCUAACAAAUUGGGAGUUGACAAGAAGCGUUUCAACAUUGAGUACCUGAGUCCAUACAAGGCUCAAGUACAUGAGAUGAACGUUCUUAUCAAGAAACUCGGAGACAAUCGAGUCAACGCAAGCACCUUCAAGACUGUUCAAGGUAUUGGAAGAAAUGUGGUCAUUGUAGACUUCACGGGUUCAAAUCGCUUGACUGAUUUUGCAGAUGACACGAGGGAUACCUUGGUCGCUUUGUCCCGUCACAAGCACGCUCUUUUUGUGAUUUGCAACAGCAAAUCUACAUUUCCUGAUUCUUACGCCGACAAUGCUAGAGAGGCAAUUCAACUCAAGGGUGUCGGACGCAACAUCUGCUCUCUUGCCGAGUUUGCACAAGGAUUGAACGCACUCAUCGAGAUCCCAGCACCAGAAGUUGGAAAUUGUUUCAAAUGCAACGGUGUUGGACACAAGGCAAAUGAAUGUACAGUAAACACCACUUUCGUUUCCAAGUGCCGCAAUUGUAACGGAACUCAUGAUUACGAUCACUGCCCGGGUGAAUCUACUGGUCUAAACAACGUUGUCUGUAGGAGAUGCCAUCAAAUUGGUCACAAGGCAGUCAAGUGCGAAGCCCCUUGGUGUCAGAAGUGCCGUGUUAUCGGACAUGACAAGGAAGGUUGUCCCCAAAAGUUAUGUGUCAAGUGCAAGGCAACUGAUCAUUGGUUCGUAAGGAUCACACGGAGCGAAAAUGUCGUCAAGACAAGACCAAAACCACUUUGUCAAAGCAGACAGGUCAAUGAUACUAUCAAGGUCAGCAUUGAGCUUGAUGCACUCUACCAUGAUGCAGAUCUUGAAGGUAGAGAGGAAGCUGUCGAAUGUGCAGCUGUUGGUGAAGAAAUAGAUGACAGCGAAGCUAACGAUAAUACCCGAGCUAGCGAGGCCAAUGGUAGAGGUUGGAGCAAUGGAGAUGACAAUGGUGGCGAGCAAUCCUGA